AGCAGCGUUUAACCCGAUUCACGCACCCUUUCAGUUUCAAAAACACAGAAACUCUUUGGGUGUAAAGUGUAUGAUCAUUAGGGAAUGGAUUCUGAGAUUUUGUGUCAACCAAAGUGUACUGUUUGCUGCCAAAUCUUUGACUGUUGAUGAACCAUGACUUGGAAGAUGCCCACCCGGUACCAUCGUAUUGCUGACAUGGAUAGCACUGCCCAAAGGGCCUGCAAAUGGUGUCCCAAGUUCUCUCGCUACAAGCUCGCCAUCCUCAUCAUCCUCGUCCUCUCCAUCAUUUUCAUCUCCCUGUCUUGUCUGAACUACAACUUCAUACAUUCGGCCACUCUCUGUUUGUUUUCCUUCAGAGAUGGGGACAAUACCAGCUUAAGUAUUGACGAUGGCAUGCAUUUCCAUCAUGCAAAACGCCGCCUACCUCAGUGCUUGAUCAUCGGUGCUCGCAAAGCAGGGACACGUGCCCUGCUCCAGUUCAUUCGUCUCCAUCCAGAUGUCCAAGGAGCAAGUUUGGAGGUUCAUUUCUUUGACAGGGACAAUAACUACCAACUUGGCUACGACUGGUAUCGCCAUCAGAUGCCGUACUCUUUCAAGGAUCAAGUCACAAUAGAAAAGUCACCAGCGUAUUUUACAGAAAGUGUUGCACCAGAGAGAGUUUACGUUAUGAAUAGCUCGAUACGUCUGCUGCUCAUUGUUCGUGAUCCAGUGGAGAGGACUAUCUCUGACUAUGCCCAGUUGUUGGAUAACAAAGUUAAGCGACACAAGACGAUGCAGUCGUUCGAGAAGCUUGUCCUGGUUCCUGAUACGGGUGAAAUUAAUAAGUCUUACAUUGCAGUAAAGCGCUCAAUAUACCAUCGGCAUUUGUUGAAGUGGCUUCAUUUCUUUCCUCUCAAGCAGAUUCACAUUAUUGAUGGAGACAACUUACGGGUUAGGCCUUGGGCUGAGAUUCACAAGGUGGAGUCUUAUCUUGGGCUGGAACACAAGAUCGGCAAGAAUCGUUUCGUGUUCAACACCACACGAGGGGUGUUUUGCACGCUCACAGAGGAGGGUGAAGAACGAUGCUUGGCUCAUGGGAAAGGCAGGAAACACCCAAACAUCAGUGAAGUGGUGAUGCACAAGCUACGAGCUUUCUUUCGUCCAUAUAAUGAAAAGUUCUUCCGUAUCAUCAAAAGGAGAUUUCAGUGGUAGUUCUUGGAGUACGGUUCAUUGCUAAUGUCCAAACAGUAUCCAUGGAUUGAUUUUAAUUUUUUGUUUUUUUUAAACAUUUAGCCUUUUUAAUUGAACGUUAUUGAUACCUUCUUUAAAGUAGUUAUUCUUGCAAAUCAAAAGAGUUUAUUAUUUCAUGGAAAAUGUCAUUUUUGUGGGAUUGAUUCUGACUCAUAUCACAUGACUGAUGAUAUUUAUGUAAUGGUCUUCAGAAGGAGUUACUGCCCUUAGAUGUGUAGAACCUGCCAUAUUUCAUUGUGUAGGAAGAUAUGGCCUUUCUUACCUCUAUUGUAAGAGAGGAACAAUUGAUAUACGCAGUGACCGAAGCCCUAGUCAAACUACUGCGUAUUCAUGUGUAUAUUUUGAAUAUUAUUAAUGUGUAUUUUUUACACCCUGUCCUGGCCCAUCCCUUUCCAGCAAUUGGCCUGAUUUUUGAAAAUCUGCGUUAUCAGAUCAAUUCAUUAUGUCAAGUAAUAUUUAAUAAUUGAAUGUGAAACUUUCAAAGGCAGGUAGCUGAUGUUCAGAACAAUUGAAGCAUUGAAUAAAGUUAAAGUUUUAGUUCCACCCAUUUUCCUGACAGCAA